GUUUGUGUAAUUUCCUGCCCAACAAUUAAACAACUGCAACUUGGUUAUAUGUAUUUUUGUUGGCCUGUUAAUACUCAACCUGCUAGUAUGUUUUAUGGGGUCACUUCUCUAAAGUUCCAUUUUAUGGAGUUUAAGCCCAAUGAUACUGGAAUUCUCCCGAGUAUUCCUCAUCUUGAGAUACUGGUGUUUUUUGAUUGUGAUGGGAUAAAUCAUUUUGUGAUCAGUGCUCCUAAACUUAAAUGUUUGAGCUUUGCUACUAGGAUCGUGGCUGAAUGGAAAUUCUUUGAGCUUCACUUUCCAGUGAUUGAGACUCUCCGUUUUUCUGUGUGUCCAUUAUAUGUGAGCAUCUUGCCUUAAAUAAAUUCUUGCUUCAUAUAGAAUGAAUAGUGGUGACUGGUCAGAUUUUUUCCUUAUCUUGUUAAAGUUCUUGUUUCA